CGCGGGGAACUCAAUGACUCCACAUCUCCAACCUCCAACUUCCACCCGGCACUGGGUGAACAUCAUGACUUUCUCUUUCGUCGCAUUCCGCAAGACUCUGAUCUCUUCUUCUUAUCCCUCACAUCACUGUAACGCACAAUGGCACCCACUCAUCGAGUAGCCGUCAUUCAAUGGAACAUCCAGGACCUAGCCAUCGAAGAAAACCACCGCAAAGCAUGCGAUUACAUCCGCGAAGCCGCAGCCCAAGGUGCUAAGCUCGCCGUCCUCCCAGAAUACCACCUAAACGGCUGGGCCCCCUCCGACCCCCUCUGGCUCGACCACGCGGCCUCCACCCAGAAAUACCUGCAAGCCUACCAAGCCCUCGCCCGCGACCUGCACAUCUGCAUCGUACCCGGCACAAUCGUCGAACGUCACGAGCCGCAGCCCGCGACCACCAACCUCACCAAAAGCCCCAACCCCACCGAUGCAAGCAAAAAGGACGCCCUCCUCUACAAUACGGCGUACUUCAUCUCCCACGACGGCCGCAUUCUGGGCCAUUACCGCAAGAAGAACAUCUGGCACCCGGAGCGCGAGUAUCUGACGUCAUCCGGGGAGGAGCCGCACGAGGUGUUCGACACGCCGCUGGGGAAGGUGGGGCUACUGAUCUGUUGGGAUCUGGCGUUCCCGGAGGCCUUCCGCGAGUUGAUCUCCAAGGGCGCGGAGGUGGUGAUUUUGCCGACUUUUUGGAGUCGCUACGACGCCUCGCCCGCGAUGCUGAAACAUAACCCGGAGUCGGAGAAAUUGUUCCUCGAGACGACCCUCACGGCGCGGUGCUUCGAGAAUACCUGCGGGAUUAUCUUUGCCAAUGUCGCGCGGGGCCAGGAUCCGGAGGACAAGUUUAUGGGUCUCUCGCGGGUGGUUUUGCCGGUCGUUGGGCCGGUGGGGCAGAUGGGCGAUGAGGAAGGGGUGCUGGUGGUGGAUAUGGAUUUGGGGCUGGUGAGGAUCGCGGAGGAGAAUUACAAGGUCCGUGGGGAUAUGGAGAGGGAGGGGUGGCAUUAUACGUAUAGACAUUCUUCGAUUGCAUAGACUGUCUUAUUUAAGAUUAGAGGAGAUGGUUGCAGAUUGAGAGAGUGGGUGCAAACUUGCAACGUUGUUGGAUUAUGGCUAGCUAUGUGACUUUCUCCAGAGAUAUUCAGAAACACGGCCGAGACGAACUCCAAAGGCCUGAAUCCAACCACAAAUAUGUCAUGUCCAGUGUCACAACUGUUGCACUAAUGAAGCCAGAUUGGC